AUGAACAACUUUGUCUACAGAUAUAUCCAGUUAUGCAGAGCACGCCUUCUCUACAUCUACCAUUCGUUGAAGUGGGCUGUUGUUACUUACUCCGUCAGCGUAGCUAUGAUAUGCAAUUGGGUCAUAAUGCUUUACGUGAACUGUCCACCGAACCCAUCUGGGACAGAAUUCGCGAAGAAAGUUUUCACUAUACCACAAUAUAUACUCUGCAUCGAGUGUUUCUCACUUGUAACGAUACUUUGCACAGUUGGAACAUUGUGUGCUUGGAGGAUUGAUAGCUGUAUAAGAGAGAAUGCAAUGAGUACUCAAACAAAGAAAAUGCACCGGCACAUGCUCAUCAUGCUCAUAGUGCAGGCUGUUUGUCCGGGCAUGUUCCUCAACGCACCACUUCUCUCUAUAUAUCUGCUUUUUUUCGCUGGUAUCGAUAGCCCGAAAGCGAUGAGCUACGCCAUCAGCUUUUUGAUGGCAUCGUACUCAAUUUUCUCUCCUGUUAUCGUUCUCGUGUUUAUGAGAGACUAUCGAAAUUACAUCCUCGUCACAUUGCGCUUCCGAAAACCUAGUGAGAUCACGAAAGUGACUGCUAGCGACGGGAAAUCGGUUUUCACUAGAUGA